CAAAAGCUAACAACUGUCUGAUGAAAGGUAUAAAAGAAGUGCAAAAAGGUUUGCGUAAAGGAGAGAAAGGAAUUGUGGUUUUGGCUGGUGAUGUGAGCCCAAUGGAUAUAAUUUCUCAUAUUCCUCUUGUGUGUGAAGAGUCUGACAUCCCGUAUUGCUUCACACCAUCAAAAAGGGAGCUUGGAGAAGCAUAUGGUUCAAAAAGACAGGCAUGCAUGGUGCUCAUCAAAGAGCAUGAGGACUUCAAGGAUGAGUUUGUGGAAUGUAAAACAAAGAUUGGAGAGCUUCCACUUCCAUAUUGAUUUUUAUAUUUUUAUUUUCAAGGAAAGGGGACUGUUCGAAAGUUUUUAAAAAAUCAUAAACUAAAAAGCCAGAUGAUCUUGUUGGAACGUAAUUUUAAUGCUAGAGUUUUGGUAUGAAUGAAGUGCCUGAGAGAGUGGGUUGUCUAUUUUGAGAAAGACAGUGGACCAUGAUUGAUUUGUAAUGCCUACUGAUUUCCAUGUUUAUUUCUGAGCCAUAUUCCUUUUUUGUUUUGAAUUAUUUGUCCUAGAUCAAGUGUAAUAAGUUUAAAAGCACUGAAUUCUAGAGGUUGAUUUUGAAUAGGACAUUCUAGAGGUUGAUUUUGAAUAGGACAUUCUUUGUAAACUGGUGUGAGGCUUUAGUUGUGCUCAGUUUUGCUCAAUCGAGGUACUGAUCUAAUCACAUGAUCUGCUGUUGGCAGUUGCCAUGUUCUUACCUGUGAUUUGAGUGGUCAGUCACAGGAUUGAUAGAGAACUAAGUGAUUUUUGCUUUGUCGUGUUAUUUAGCUGUGGGGGGUUCUGUGUAAAUGUAGCUUGUUUCUUUCAAUUAUCUCCAUUAAUAUUGGAUCUGUGGCUGUUUUGACCACAGGAUUUCACAAAGUUGUUGUAGCUUGUUCACUUUCCUCUGUCCGCGUGAAAAAAAUUUCGAUCUCAUUUAUUAAUUUACCUAGAGCAGUAGAGCAAUGCCCACAAAACUUUGCAUCGCAUGUCUGCAGGUCAGCGACCAAACAAAAUAUUUUAACAAAUAAUCUUGAUCUAAUAAUAACAAAGAAUUCUCCUUGGACCCAAUAUUAACCCUUUAGUUGCCAGGGGUAUGCAUUCCUACUGUCGGUGCUGAUUUUCAGCUGAGCUCAUCACCCAGGACAGCAGCCUAAUGUCUCGGUGCUAAUGGAUGCGCGGUCUAGAUCUAGCUUUCUCGUGACAUUAUAUUUCAGGCGGCGGGUCUUCGAUUGUUUCACUUAUCUCACUUUUCUUAUUCCUUAUUUCCUGCCAUCUUACUCCUACUUUCGAAUAACCUGCAAAUCUUAGGCAAAAAUAUUAUUUGCCUUUUUAAAGUUAUUUCAAUAUUUAUGUUUUACAAGAGCACGCAGCCGCCCUCAAGCUUAAAUCUGAUUUUUUUCUAUCACUUUCAAGCCUAGCAGUAAAAAAAUAAUACUAGCAAAUUUGAUACCAAUAUGCGCCUUCUAUUCCCGAAUACGGAUCUGCGCAGCGCUUGUGGCUGAAAACUCAGUACUGAAGAAUUAGAGCCAGGUUAUUAGCGUGCCGUACGUGUAAUGUAAUAUAGGCAACUAAGAGUGGCAAAUUUUGCCAACUUCUGUGACGUACCCGGUACAUGGCAAGGCGCAAAAAAUUACGCAUUUUCAUGACGUACCAGAAACCAAUGAAAGGGUUAAAAACCACUCUUUGGAUGCGUCUUACAGUACAGUAACCUUGCCUACAAAUUGCUCAUUAUUAGACAAUGACACUCUGGUCCCAUAUUCCAGUGUAAGCUUGUAGAUAUUAUCCCCCGGCUGUCUAGAUAUCGCCACGGGAGUCUCAAUAAUUACUCUCCCCGUCUCCUAAAUCAUGUUUUUAGGCGAACGUUAAAGUUUGGUGUUGAGAAAAAUAUGUCAACUUUUAAAUGUUUUAGGUGUAUGCUGUAAAUCCCCUAUUAUUUUUUGUAUCCGCUUUAGGCUUACAUGAAAUAAAACAUGUCGGAACCUUAGUUUGCAGUGACCUUUAUGAACGGGCUUUCCGCUUCUGUUGGUCAUUCAACUUUGAGACUUUUAUGCAAAGAUCUGAGAAGAUUAAUAAACAGAGCGGUUUCAUUUUAUAUUGCUUUUAUCUCAGUCAGGUGAAAGUGGUCAAUCCAGCAAGCCAUUGCAACAAGAUGUGUCAAAUCUUGUGAGAUACAGGACACACUUUUGUCAGCAGGCGUUCUUUCAGUUAAUUUCUUGUGGAUUUUUUUUUAAUGGAUGUCACAUGCUUGCAAUACGGUAUCUUCAAGUACGAUUGUUCUAUCAUAGUGUUUCACCAUGUACCAUAACAGUGGCAAAAAUAUGUUUGACCAUUAAAUAAAAAAUAUAUGAACAAUG